UAAAAAUGUCAAAGCAAUUUUAUUUCUUUAAAAAAGCAGUGCAGAAUAGACUGGAAGAUAAUACAUUUUGGACAUUGUGGGAACUUGUAGAGUCCUGGACUCAAAAUGAUUGGGUGGCAAUCUUUUUUAUAAUUUUCCUAGGGAUUAUUGUUGAGAUCAUACUCAUAAAGAUCUGUACAUCCUUUACUAAGAAGCCUGCACUUCCAGAAAAGGGUAGUUCAAGUGCCCAGGAGAAGGAAGACAGUUGCCUGAAAAGCAUGCAAUUUGAUAACUGUCCAAUUCCUUCAUCUUCAGAAGAAAGAGUUGAUGACUUUUCAGAAAGAACAAUUACUUCAUCACUUACAUCUGAAGAAAAUGAAGGUGACUUUGAAGAUAGAGUUUCAACACCAGAUGAAGUAAUAUGGUCAAGUAGCAGUGAAAGUAAAUAUCAAGUAAGUCACUUUAGUGAAAGUCAUAUGAUAUCUUCAAAUGGGACUAGCUCAUCUUUGUCACUGUUUCGUUCAGAAGUAAAGGAAUUUUCUCCAAGCUGUGGAGGGUAUCCAGAAAAUGAACAAGAAACAGUACAAUUUUCAUUCAAGAAAUUAUUUUCAAUAAUGAAAACCAACAAAAAUAAAAAUUUAGUAUUUUCUUCUGACUUUAACUUUUCGAGAAGUUCUAGAAUCACUAUAGAAAGUGAAGAUCUCAAUGUGGCACCAUGCCCUCCUGCCCACUUAUUUCUUUCUAGAGACCAAGUCAGACUUCUGGAAGAAAAUGUGAGAAAUCAAACUGCUUUAAAAUCCAAAACUACAUUAGAGAGUAAAACUACUUAUCUAUACUCAAGACUUCAAGAGUCCUUGAUCCAGAAUCAACAUUCUGUUAAAAUAGGUAUUUCUGCCCAACCACAAGAUUCCUUUCCAGGACAGAAUGCUCCUCAGAAUCAACAUUUUUAUGAAGCCAGAUAUACUAGUCAAGCCCAACAAUUUGUUAACAACCAAGAAUCAGUCAAUAGCCAGUCUGAUAUCAUGGCCAGAUACUUUGCUCUACCUCAAGAUUUGGUGAGGAAGCCAUUUUCCAGCAGCAUGCAAGAUUCCUCCCAGACCCAAGAUAUGGACAGAAGCCAACAUUUGCUCAAUGUCUCAUAUUCUUUUGAGACUCAAGAUUCAGUCAAAGGCCUAGAGUCUGAUAAACACUUCGAUAAGGCCCAGUAUUCUGUUUGGCUUAAAGAUUCAAACAAGAUUAAAUAUUUAAUUCGGGGGCAAAAUGCCAUUUUUAAGAAUGCCAGAUUUCUAAUUUUAACUCUAAGUCCAAAUUCAUUUGCAGAAGAGGUGCUACAAAUAAAGAGUAUAAAGCCAGAGGGCCAGAAACAAAUUGCUUCAUCAGAAUUAAGUCAGUAUUCUGCAUAUGGCUCAGGGCCUCUUUCACCUAUCCUUAAAAGGCAGAAAAACAGGAGAAAAACAUUACACAGUAAAAGUAAACUUAGUCUCAAAGUUCCAUCUCAAAAGUCAAAGAAAACACCAACUCCACGGGUAUUUCAAAUGACAGUAUGUCACACUUCAAAACCUAGCAAUUUUGGAUGCAAGUAUAAUGCUAAGAAAGAAGAAUUACAUCAAAGGAAAGGUAUAUCAGAUAUGGCUUUGCAUCUUACUUAUGUUUCCAAGCUUAUUCCUCCUUAUGUUAAGAAGUAUGCCAGAAAAAAACUAGUAAAAGUCAUGCCAGGUGUAAUAGGAUGUAGACAUUCUCUGUCACCAGAUGCACAGAAUGUCAGUUAUGUGGGGUCUAUUGAGAAAAGAGGAACCUCAGGCAGUACUAAAAAUAAAAAGCAGCAUGGCAGAGAAAAUAAAGGACAAAUAACCAUUUCACCAAAAAUCCCACCUCAGCUAGAACAGUCUUUCAUGAUCAAUACUUUUCAACUACAAUCACCUUGUUCUUCCUUAAUAGAAAUGACCUGGAAGAAUAAAGAGUCUCUUGAAGACCCAAUUACACAAGCAAAGGAAAUUGGUAUUGCAGAGUUUCGUGCCCCAAAUAGUAAAAAAACAUCUGACCUGCAUAUUCCAAAGCAGGAGGCAUCUUUAAAAGAAGCUUUAUCAGAACGUUGGCAAAAAUUUGUCUCCUCUCCCGAAGUGGAAUCAAACAGGAGACUGAAAACACUGGAAGACUUAAAAAGUACAGAGAAUUCCCGUCUUCCACUUUCAAGUGGAGAAAAGUUACCAACUAGUUCACCAGAAAUGCAAAAGUGCUUUCCAGAUGGAAACACACAAAAGCAAAAAGAUUUUCUAGAAAUUGUUCUGGAGACCUCAGAGGUUAAUCUCCUUAUAACACUAGGAAUCAAAGAGCACGAAGGCAGUGAACAAUUAGCAAGUGUAAAAACUCAAGACAGUACAGAAGAUGUAAUUAUGAAGGAAAAGAAACCACUACUAACACUUCAUGUUACAGGAUGUGAUAACCUAAGUGAAAGUGAGGGACUGGAACGCAACACUAGAAGCAACAUAAAAAAUAUGCAAGGUAAAAGAAUAUUUGCUACAUUUCAGAAUGCCACCAACACUACCAUUCCUGAACCACCUGAGAGGGAAAUGCAUAGCGGAUUAAAAGGCAAGACAGAUACAUCAACAACAGGGGUUAGUCAUUCAGUGGUAAAGCUGGAGAAAUUACCAGAUGAAAAGAAAACAUGGGAUGCAAAAUACAUUGAGAAGAGAUGUAUAUUUAAAAAGCCACAAGAACAUGACAGAGAGGAAGAAGAACAAACUUUUCAAGAAGCAUUUCCAGAGCUAACACAAGAUUUCAGCCUCAGCCUGCAACUAAAGCAGAAGCCUAAAUAUGUCAGAUUUGAAAUAAAACAGAGCAGUUCAGGAAGCAGAAAAACUCAAAGUAAAGAGCAAGAGGUACAACCACAAACUCUUCCUACAGAAACAGUUUUGGGGACUAGUCCGUGCCCCACGAUGGAUCCAUUUCAAAUUGAGGUAAAGCAAAGCAGAGACAGACCUACAGGCAGAGGAACUGCAGAUCCAGAGAAUCCUCUUCCAGUGCUAGAGAACCCACGAGUUGGCGAAGUUUUAAUUGAAACAACAGAAUGUGGUGUCCCAUUUGGUGGAAGCCCCAGAAAGAUACCGGAUGAUCAUAUUACCGAAGAAAAGUCAGACCUCCAACGAGUUUUACCUGCAACUGCCCUGGGGUCUUUCAUUAUCUAUAUGCUUCCUUUAUCACAUUUUAAAAGGCAGCAAAUUAGAAAAAAAUUAUCAGGAGCAAAAAGGGUACUCAGUCCCAAAUCUGUAAUUAUGAAAGUAAAGAAGCCAACCAAUUUACUGAUGCCUCAUAUCAGAAGGCAUGGUACUGCAAGUCUUAGGAGAAGAUUGAGAGGCAAUUUUAAAAUCCUAAUCAAAGAGAUGCUGCAAGAUAAAAUUGUGGCAGAUGUGCUUGUGAAUGUUACUUACCCUCACAUGUCUAUUUUGCCUCGGAUUAGAACACAUGGCAGAUUAAGUGCAGAGAAUCGCAGUCAGAGCAAGCUAAAACAAGAGAAAUCAGAAGAUGAAAGGGAAGAAAAGUAUUCAGAUUCUAUUAAUAAAGGCAGUGACUCUGGCAACACAUUAGAAGAAGUUAAAUUGCAAGAUGAAGUGAGAGGAGACAAAGAAGCUCCACCAGAAGCAGUCCUUCAUGACAGCUGGAACCUCCGAUUGGAUGCCAAUCCAGAGAAGGAGCUCAAAGCAGAGGAAGACAUACCUCAACCAAUUACAUUCAUGGAAACCCUUACGGAGUCUGUUUACUCUCCCAUAAUGGAUCUAACUCAUGUUGAGAAUAUGAAGAAAAGCCUAACAACACAAGCCGACUUAAAAUGCACUGCAGAUUCUGAGACACCUCUCCCAACAUCAGAAAAAUCACUGGCUGGAGACCCUCCAAACCGAACAAGAGAAAGUGGUGUUCUAGACUAUGGAAGUGAUACAAGGGAAAUGGGUUACUUUUCUGCAGAAACAAGUUCUGCAGAAUUACCAAAAGAUUUACCAGCAACUUUUCCAGAGACUUUUAAUUGCCACAUGCCUAUUUUAACUCAUUCUAAAAUGAAUAAAAACAAAGUAAGAUUCUCACCCACAGAAGGUUCAGUGAAGCCCAGAUCUGUACAUACGAAGACAAUGAAGCCGUCAGUGUCACAAGUAUUUAAUAGCACAGGUCAGAGAAAGAAAUUGGAUUCCAAAUAUAAGGCCAAGUUGGAGAAGAUCAACCAAGCUAAUGGAUUGCUAUAUGAAUUUAUAAAUACCCUUUACUCUCCCAUGCAGAGCUUCUGUCAUGCUCAGUUAAAGCAAGGGGAAUUAGGGGAAGUGAGACCACGGUAUGUUGAUUUUUUUGACAAGAGCAGAGCAUUCCAUGACCGAGAGGAAAAAGUGGAAGAUGGAGAGGAAGUGGAGCAAAAAACUUUGCUAGAAGCAGCUUCACAGCAUACCCAGUAUCUCUGGCCUGAUGCCUGUCAGGGGAAGGAGACCCACUUUGACGAACCAGACUCAGCACUGGACUGUUUAACACAGGAGCUGUCUGUUAAUGAGCAAGAUGCACAGCACCAAGAAUGGUUUGUACAAACUGCUUUGCAGACUGGCCACCAGAAGGGUCCUCGAGAAGCUGAGGAACUCAAGAAAACCAGCGAAACAGAAAAUGACGUAACAGCCCCUAUGGGUCCAAAGAUUCCAUCGCCCAAAGCAGAGACAGCUCCAGAGAAUAGCCAAGGCUUUAUAGUCAAUGCAUAUCAGAAGGAGAAUUGUGACCUUGUCAAAUCAGAUGAGGAACUGAAACAACCACGAAGUAUAAAUAUUCAGGAACAACCACGAAUACAUGGCACACAAGCUGUUUUAGGUUCUGCUUCAUGCCCCAUGUUGGAUCAGUUUCAAUUUGGAAAGCUAGAGAGUUAUGCUAGGUUUUCACCUCCAAAGUCAGGGGAAGCAAAGAUGGAUGGAAUCAUUUUUUCUACAAGAGAAUAUGGUGUCCCAUCUGAUGCAAAUCAUCAAAAAGAACAGGCUGGUGGUAUUGAAAAGAAAGACACAGUGACUUUUGAUCUCUGCAUACCUGCUUUAUCUACAUUCAAAAGGAAGAAACAUUUAAAAAAAAAUUCAGACGAGAAAACUUUAGUGAAUCUCAAAUGUGGAAUUUUAAAAGCAAAGAAACCAUCGGUUUCAUACAUAUUGAGUAUUAAGGGUGGUGCUAGCCCAAACCAUAGAAAAGAACUGGGAUAUAACUCUACAACCAAAUUGGAAGAGAUGGAUCAAGGUGAAAAAAUGGCAGAAAGAGAAAAAGGUAUGUUAGGAGAAAGAAGUCUCAGUUCUAAACAAGUAAAGCAAGCAUUAUCACCACGUGAAGAGAAUAUUACUUCAGAUGACACUAAAGAGAACAGUCUUCAAGAUGCAGAGGAAGAAAGAAGUGAACAGGAGACAUUAAAAGUAAUUCUACAGCACAGCCAACACUUCAAAUUCUGUUCAGGCCAAAGGGAAGAGCUUGACCUUCAUCAGUCAGAAAACCAAGGAAGAGGGAACAUUCUCUUUGUUUUUGAACAAGACAUCUCACAACAAAUGCCGCAUACAGAUUCAACGCAGGGAGAGAAGCCAAAGAAAAGCUACCAGACACAAAAUGGUGCAAUAUAUACAGCAAGUUCAAAGCUUCCUCUUCUAAAGCCAAAGAAAUCACUAACUGGUCAAGUUUUAAUGGGUACAAUGAAAGGUGGUGUCCUAAGUGUUGGGAGCCAUAUGGGGGAAUUGUACCGUCACAAUAAAGAGGAAAAUGCAGAGUUCAAAAAAGAUCUACAAGCAACUGUCCUGGAGUCUUUGGAUGUCUCCACACCUGAUCUAUCUGAAUCUAAAAGGCAGAGAAAGACAUUUACAAGUAGAGCCUUAAAAAAUAAAAUGAGUCCCAAAUGUGUAAUUAUGAAGGCAAGGAAGACACCAAUUUCACCAACAUUUAAAAUCUCAGGGAAUAGUUAUCUAAAAAACCUACGUCCAAAGACCCUGAAAUCACAGAUUAUUGACUUGUUAAUUCAUAUAAAAUGCUCUGGGGUAUUGGAAGAUCUUAUUGCAGAGAGAAAGGAAGGAUUAGCACAAGAAUUACCAGCAACAAUUCUGGAGUCUUUGGAUUCAUCCACACUAGCUUUACCUGCAUUGAAAAGAAAGAGAAACAAUUUAAAGUAUAUAGACAAGAGAAACAAAAUGAGUCUCAAAUGGGUAACUUCGAAGGCAAAGAAGGCAGCGAUUUCCCAGACACUUACUAUCACAAAACGUGGCACACAAAGCCAUAGAAGACAAUUCAAAUGCUACUUCAAAAUCAUGAUGAAACAAGGGAAACCCACGGCGGACAUGAUCCUAAAUGCCAUCUCCUCUCCUGUUCCUGUUUUACUUGACAUGAAAAUGCAUAACAGAAUAAAAGAGUCAGAUGUUUCAUGGAAAAUGAGAUUCAGUCACAAACUGCAACAGCAAGAGCAAUCACCAGAUGGAGAGAGAGCCUGCUGUGCUGAUUCCAGUGAUAGGAGGGGCCCUGCCUCCAAUGACACGAAGGAAGUCAAAGACCAACGUGAAGAAGUAGCCCCGCGGACUUCUCGACACUCCAGUUUCAUUGCUGGUAAAAUGAAGGAGCCUCACUUUGUGAAGUCAGAACUAGAACUGAAGAAUUCAGCAAAGAAAAAAAUCCCAGAACCACUUAACACAGCCCCAGAGCUGCAGCAACAAACACUUUUCACACGAAGUGUAUUACAGUGCGUUUCUUGCUCUAUUUUGAAUUCACUUCCCCUUGAGAAGCAACCAAAAAGAACAAAAACACAAAAGGACUUAAAAUAUGCAAAGGGUCCAAAGAUGUUAUCUCCAGUGCUAGAGAAGUCAAUUCCUGAAUCUUUAUUUGUUACAACACAGAGUGACAUCCCAUCUGAAAGAGGCCCUAGGAAGGAACUUGCCAGAUCUACUCCAGAGGGAAAGACAAGGUUGCAAAAGGAUUUACAAGUGAGAACCCUAAAGUGCUUUGAUUUCUCCAUGCCAGCUUCAUCUGAAUUUGAAGGUUGGAGAAAUGCAGCACAAAUCCCCAAGUCUAGAAAUGGGAAAGUACAGAUGGCAUCAAUUUUAAAGACAAUCAACAUCACUAAGUCUGAUGCUCUUAGCCAAGGAAAGGAACAGGACUUCAUCUUGGAAAACAUGGGCAAAGAAAUGUCUCAAAGUAUGUCAGGUAUAUUUGUGAAUACCUUCCCUUCACCUACACCCGUUUCACCUGCCAUCAAAACGCAUAAAAAAGUAAAAGCAAAGAGAGACCCAUUAAGAAAUAAAAGCAAUAUUAUACAGCCAGAACAACAUGAAGGGGAAAGACUGUGUCCCUAUUCUAAUAAAUGGAGCAACUCAAGCAGCACAUCAGAAUCAAGAUUGCAAAAUGCAAAAGAAAGAGAGGGCAACAGAGUUUUAUUUGAAGCAGGUCUCCAAUUCCUGUAUAAUAUAGGAAGGAGAAAAGAUCAAAAUAUGCUUAUUACAGAGCAGGAUGUGCAGCGACAAACACUGGUUUCAGAAAAUAAAUUGGAAUCUCCUUGUUCUCCUCUGAUUCCAUUUCAAACUGAAGAGCUGAGCAAGAAUAUCCCAUCACAAAAAGACAUACCAUAUGGAAUAGGUCAAAAGAUUCCAUGUCCAAAAUCAGGGAAAGCAGCAUUUGACUACUUUUCAACUGAUGAAACAGAGUGUAGUACUAUAUCUGAUGGGAGCCCUGCAAGGAAGCUAGAUGUUCACAUUGCAGUUUCCCUACAACCUGAAGAAGAAGAGGAAGACAUAAAAACUCCAAAAGUAAUGAAACACAGAGUUGAUCAAAAUAUCUUACCUACCAAAUCAGGGAACUCAGUACUUGUAGAUCCAGGUGAUAAAAGCUCUAAAAGGAAAAUGGGUGCCAAGAAACCUAGAGUGUUGCAAAGAGAUUUACUAACGAUGUCCACAAUAUCUGUUUUAUUUGACUCUGAAAGUCAGGAGAAGAUAUUAAAAUUUUCAGGAAGGAAAAAUCUUAGGCGUCCCAAAUAUGUAACCACGAAGGCAAAGAAGAAGGCUCUUUAUUCACAGAUGCUUAAUAUCACUGAACACGAUAAUCUCUACUGUAGAAAGGAACAGAACUACAACUUAAAAUCUACAAUAAAUGACAUGCAACAAAGUAAAAGUAUAGCGAAUGCAUUAUUGUCUCCCACACCUGUUUCAACUGAUAACAAAAUAGAUACUGAAAUGCAUAGCACAUCAGAAGCAGAGAUGGAUCAACCAAGAGUAACACUAUAUAGCCGUACCUCUGCAGAGCUAGGAAAAUCACCAUGUGAUAGGGAAGUAUGGAAGGCCAAUUCAGUUGAUCCACAAAACAGAUCCAGCAACACAAUGAAAAUGAAUGUGCAACAUGAAAGCAAAGAGGAAAAUAUCAAAAAAAUGUUAUCGGAAUCAGUCCCACACUAUAACCACCGCUUCAGUUUCAGUGCCCAUCAUAUGAAAAAUUUUGGUUCUUACCAAUCAGAAUCUGAACUGAGUAAUUUAGAAGUCAGAAGCACUUGGAAUUUGUCUUGUGCAGCACAAAGAAUGAGGCAAGAAAAAUGCUUUAGAGAAACUAUUUUGGAGCCUGUUUCUAGACACGUGAUGAAUUUUCUUCAAGUUGAAACAGAGAAAAAAAGUCUUCAUACUCAAGAAAGAAUUAAAUGUAUGGCAGGACUAAAGACUCCAUUUCCAAAAGCAAGAAAAUCAGAGACUGGUUCAAUACAAUGUGGCGUUCUCUGGGGUGGAAAUCCUAGGAGAAAAUGGGAUAGUUAUAUUUUUGAGAAAAAGGCAUGGAAUCAAAAUGACUUAGUAAGAGUCUUAAAAUCUUCAGGUUCUUCCAGCCUUGAUUCAUGUGAACCUAAAAGCCAGAGCUACACAUUAGAGUUUGUAGGCAAGAAAAGUAUAAUAAAUCCCAAGCAUGUAACUUUGAAGGCAAAGAAGCGAUCAGUUUCACAGUUGCUUAAUAUCACAGGGUGCAUUACAGGAAGCCAUAGAAAGGUGAAGGGGUGCAAAUUUCAGUACAAGAUGAAAACGCAGUGGUUUGAAGGUGUGGGCGAGGCAUCACUCCUUGCUGCUGAGGGAACUAAGAUUCCACCACCCAAGUUAGUGACUGAUGAACACUCCCUCGAUGCAACAGCAAGGGGCACGCUAUAUAACAGAACACUUCACAGAAAUCUGCAUGGUCAUAUUACAGAGGAAAAGGCAGAGUCAUGGGAAAAUUCAGCCACAACUUUCCUGGAGCCUAUAGAUUUCUUUACACCAAUUUUCUCUGACUCUGAAAGCCAGAUAAACACAGUACGAUUAUUGGAAGAGAAAAUCACAUUGAAUCCCAGAUGUUUAACUCUGAAGGGAAAGGAACCAGCAAUUUCACAAAUACUUAAAAUCAGAGGGCGGUUUACCACAAAACGCAGGAAAAAACUUGGAUCCAAUUUAAAAACGAAAAUGCAACAGAUGAGUCAAGGUAAAAAUGUGGCUGAUACAUUUCCAAACACCAUUUACUUCACACCAGAUACCUGUGACAUUGAAAGACAAAGCAGAUUCAAAAUCGGGAUGGACAGAAUAUCAAGAUUUAGUCAUGUACAACCAACACAAAUGCAGUUGCCAGUUGAAGGGCUAGUGAUUUCACAACCAGUUAAUAUCACUGGUCACGCUGCUUUAAGCAUUAAUGAGCAACAGGGAAAGAAGAUAGACAGAAGGAGAGAGAAAACUGUAUUAAAUGUGGACCUAAAAUUUGUAUAUGAUUCUAUGCCUAUUUUAUCACACCUAAAAAUGGAGCCAUCACCUAGUACCUGGGAUAUCUAUGAAGAAUCUUCUGGAAAGAGAAAUGCCCUAAACAAAGCAAAUGCUAGUUCUGCUUAUGCCUACAUACCUAUGUAUCCUAAAAUCAUAAAACAUAAAGCUAAGGCAAAAACAGCAGAUGUGAAAAACACUAUGCAUAUCAGACGGAUGAAAUUGAAGGCAAAGAAACCACCUGUCUCCCAGCUGUUUAAUACUACAGGAUGUGGAACCAGAAGAAACAAAAAGGAACGGAGAUGUGACAUUAAGAAACAGAAGGAGUUCCGGCAAGAUAAAACCAUAGCAGAUUUAUUUCUGAACACUGUUUGUGAUUCUGGAUCUCUUUCAUCUCAAAGUAAACAAUUUACAGAAGUAGAAAGGGAGAAAUCCAGGCCAAGAAAGCCCAUUAACGUUCCUCCACAGCUAGAGCUGGAGAAGUCACUAAACAAAAGAAAAAUGUCAUCUUCAGAGUCCACUGAUAUAAAGAGUGCUAUCUCAAGAAAUAUCAAAACACUGAAACAACGCAUUAGAGAGCAAAAAGAAAAGCGCCAAAUUGUUUCACGAGACAUUCUCCCACAAUGUAGAGAUCAGUUAGUGACUGGCCAACGUGCGAAGAAGGAGCUUGACCAUGUGAAAAUAGGAGUAGCUUUGAAAAGGGAAGUAUACCCUGGUCUAGCUUCCCAGAAGAGAGAAAUCAAUUAUACUACGUUCAACAUCCCAAGAAUCAGAACUCGUGCAGAAUGUGAAUUCCCUGUUGCUCCAAGAGUAAAGCACAAAGAUGCAGACGUCAUCAAAUGUUCAGUUUCAAUUCCAUGGGGGAGAGGAGUAUCCAAGAAAAACAAUAUUUCAUUAAAUUCAAAAGAACAGAAUAUAUUUCUUACAGAGUUGGGUGCUUCUCAACAGAAGACUCACAAGGAGCAAGAAUUUCAGAAACAAGGAAGUAUUUCACUGACAAUUCGGGGGUCUUUUGCCUACCCCAUUAUGGAACCCCCUCGUUUGAAGAACACAGGAAGGGUAGCUGAGGAAGAUAUAUACACUAACAAAAGGAGUAUUUCACAUUUAUUGAGAAGAGAAGAUAUAAAAGAAACCGAUAUCUCACAAGGUUCAAAAGGACAGAAGUUUCUUUGUACCAAUCUGGUGGGCCAGCAAACUAUGUCUGCAGCGCAGAAAGGAGAGGUGAAACCAGCUGGUGUUCCUGAAAGUAUUGUGGAGUCUGUGUCCCGCCCAAAUAAAGAGCGUCUUCAGGUAACACAGGCAGUAAAUACAAAGAAGGAAGAUGUAAGCCCUUCUCUAAGUUUACGUGUAAAUCCAGGGAGAAAAGAGCAAUCAAAGUUAACAGAUAUUCCAUUAAGAUUAAAUGGACAGAAAGUGACUUCUGAAAAACUGGGGGCGAAGCAACUACGUAGUUCUAACCAGAAUAAAGAAAAUAUUCUGGAAUCCAUUUCUUCUUGCAUGUUGGAUCAACUCUAUAAUGAAAAGCUGAAGAAAAAAGUCUCAGCGAAAGGAGUGAGUUCAAAAGUUUUGAGUUCAGUAGUAGACAAAGCAUUGAAUGAAGCAGCUACUCCAGUAGAUCAACCUUCUCUUAGCUUGCAUAAUAGAAGAAAAGAACAUCAAAAAGAAAGUACGUGCAAGGUUCUCCCAAAAUCUGUUUCUCGUUCCUCGAUGGAUGUACUUCAGAUUAAGUUGCCAUGUGUAAAAAAAACAUUAAAGACUCCAACCUACCACACUGCAAAUACAGAAGGAAUUGGCUUGCUUGCUGAGGGAAAAGAAGAAGAGCAUCCAGAAUGUAUACACUAUAUUUCUCCAAAGUCUGCUUCUCACUCUUUGAGGGAUGUAUUACAGAGUAAGAUACCAUGUGAAAAGAAGGCAUCAGAAGAAGUAGCUAACACUGUGGAUUACAUUCCAAGUAGAGAAAAAAUUAGCUCGCUCAUAACAGGAAAAGAGAGCAAGGUGCACACAGGUAAAGGUCAAUCAGGUAUGAAACUGACAAGCUUGUGUACUUCCUUACGGUCUCUAUCGCAUACUAAUGUGAAUUCAAGAAUAAAAGUAGGACAAGAUAAGUCAGGAAUACCAAGGAGCUGCCUUCCACCACUAAAGCUCCAGGUAUCACCAAAUGUCAGGAAACCUUCAUUUGCAGAGUCAAUUAAUAGAGGUAGUUUAAGCAAUGUAAGAGAAUCAAAACAUUUGCCGCAGGGAAAAAAAGAAGAUGGAGUAUAUGUGAAAGACCUAAGGGGCCUCAAAUGUGUCACUUUUAAAGGAAGGAAAACACCUUUUGAACACACGCUGCAUGGAAAAGAACCACAGUGGAAGAACAAAGAACAAGAGGAAAUGAGGCAGAGAGAUAAAAGUGAUCCAGACAGAGUUCAGAGUAAACGCCUUGCUUCCAUUCCUUCUUCACCUCAUGUGGGUUGGGAUCCUGGAAUAAAAGAGGUGCUCAUGCGAGGAAUCACAAGAUUUUGUCCUCCAUCACUGACGCUCCAGGAAUUAUCAGAUACAAUGGGAAUAUGUGCAGAGCCAGCUGAUGAUAUUUUAAGCAGUAUAAAAAAGGCAAAAUAUAUGCCACAGAAAGAUGGAGGGGAAAUGGCUUUGGAAGAAAUCAGGCAUCCCAAAAGAAUAGCUUUGAAGGCAAAACGGACUCCAGUUGCACAUGAAUUACAGUUGAACAUCAAAGAAAAAGAGAAAAAGAUGCAGGAAGAUCAAGAUAAACCAGUUGGGAUUCAGAGCAAAUCUCGUGUUUCCAUCUCUUUUCCACCUUACUCAGAAGUGGACACAAGAAUAAAAGGGGAAGAAGCCUUGCUAAUAAAAACAAGACCCUCUUUCCUACAAACAGAACUCCAGGAGUCAUCAGAUAGAGGAAAAAUAGCAUACAAACAGUCUAUUCGUGGUGAUACCUCAAACAGUGUGAAAGAAUCCAAGAAACAUUAUAUAAUUCAGGAAGAAGAGGAGAAAGUAAAAAUGGUAAAAGUCAUACUUUCGAGGAAAAAGAGAUCACCAAUUUUACAGCUGGACAUCAAAGAGCAAGAGGAGAAGACACAAAAAAUUAAAGGUGAGCCAAAUGUCCUUGCGACCAAUACUAGCACUUGCAUACCUGCUCCUUCUCAUUUACAGUUGGAUACAAGAAUAAAAAAAGCAGACUGUGUAACUGAAGCAACAAGAUGCUCUCUUCCAGAACUAUCACAGCAGAAAUCAUCAGAUGCAGUGAAAAAAGCAAAUAAAAAGUCCACUGAUGGUGAUAUCACAAGUGAUGUACAAGAAACAAAAGAACAUACACCACAGAAAGAAGAGACUAAGGUAGAGAAAUCAGCAAAGAGAGACACAAUGCAGCCAAAAGAUAAAGAUUUGAAAGGAAAGAAAGCACUAUUACAGGACAUACCAUUGAAUCUUAAAGAGCAGGUGAAAGAGGGUCCAGAAGGUGAAGAGCAGGGGACAGUGGAUAGAGGAGGUAAAGGUGAACAAGAAGUAGUUCUGCCCACAAAUUGGGCUUCUGCAUCUUUAACUCACCGUGAAUUGAACACAAGAAUAGGAGAGGAAGACAGGCAAGAAAUAACAGGAUCCGCUGUUUCACGACUACAGCUACGGAAAUCAUCUGAUGCAGGGAAAGUAGUGUACACAAAGUCAGCUGGAGAUGAUAUUUCAGAUGAUGUAAGAGUAGUCCAAGAGUAUGAGCCACAGCAAGGAGAAGAUAGAAGAAAAGUGGUAAAUAGAAAAUUUAGAAUGUAUCCCAAGGGCACAACUUCCAAGGCAAAGGUAUUACCGCUUCCACACGUACUCUUUACCUCUGGGGGUUGUGACGCCCAAAUUAGAGAAGUACAGACAAGCGUGAAAGAAAAAUUAAGAUACAUACAAGAAAGAAGUGAGCUAGGUCAGGUUCUGACAAGACCUUCUCUGCCUCGGUUUAAAUUAAACAAAAGUAUAGAAGGCAAGGAGGAGAAACAAGUAUCAAGACCCUUUCUUCCACCCUCAUGGCAAAGGGAAGCAUCAAAUGCAGAGAAAUUAAAACAUACAGUACUACCUUUGAGCGAUGUUUCAAAUGAUUCAAAAAGAACAAAAUACACGACACAGAGAGAAGAGGAUAAAGCGAAUACUUUUGAGAAAGACAUAAUGCAUUCUAAGUAUAUGGCUUUGAGGGCAAAGAAAUCACCCCUUUCCCUUAUACUCAAAACAAAGAGACUGCAAGUGAACAUCAAAGAACAAGGCGAAGUGGGACAAGAAGGUAACAAGGAAACCGUUGUGCUUCUGAGCAAAAUUCAUCCUUUUCUCAUUUCCUCAACUCAUCUUAAGUGGAACACAAUAAAAAACGAGGAAGGUGAGCCAGGAAUAAUAAGAAAUGAUGCGCCACGUCUUGAGCUCCAAGAAUCAUUGCCCUCAGGGCAAAUAGCAUCUACGGAUUCACCUGACAGCCAUGUGCAGAAAGGAGACCAAUGCCCACGACAGGCAGAAAGGAGCGGAGUACAAACAGGAGCCAGGAGGGGCUCAGUGCAGCCCCGGGGCACAGAUUUUAAGGCAAAGACAUCACCACCUUCUCAUACAUUCAGUGUCACUGAACACGGUGCUUUGAACGAGAGAAAGGAACCACAGUGGCAUAUGAGGGAGAAAGUAGAACAGGGGCAGCAAAGAACAGGAGAUCCUGAUGCAGCUCUGACAAAAACGUCUCCUUCCACAGCUUCUCCAUCUUACCACAGAUCGGACACAAGAACUAAAGUAGACAAAGAUUUGCUUGCAGUUACAGGAUUCUCUCCUUCACAGUUGCUGUGCUCUAAGUCAUCAAGUGCAGGAAAAAUCAGAUAUGCAGAUUCCAGUGAAAGUAUUAGGUCAUGUAGUGUAAUAAUAAAAGCUUAUCAAAGUAUGCCAUAUACAGAGGUAAAGGACAGAGUAAAAAUAAAAGGUGGGAAAGAUCGACGGGUCCCCCAAGUAAUCACCUCGACAGCAGAGACAUCCCCACUUCCACAUCUACCCAGUAGAAAGAGGCUACAUUUGAAUAUUAAAGAGCAAGGAAAAGAAGUGCCAGAAGGCGAAAGUGAGCCAGAAAUGGCUCUGAAGGAAAGCUAUGCCUCCUUACCUUCUCCGUCUUAUCUGAAAUGGGACACAAGGAUGAAUGAAGAGGAAGACACACGAAGAAUAACACAAUCCUAUUUUCCACCACCAAAGAUUCAGGAUCCAUCCAGUUCAGGCAAAAAGCGAUAUACUAAGUCAUUUGAUGGUUGUGUGUUAAAAGAGAAGGAUAGACUCAAAACAGAUCUUGAAAACAAAAUGGUCCCAAUACCUAUGGCUCUGAAGGCAAAGGAAUUACCACUUUCACGUGUACUCGAUACCAAAAAAUUGCAGUGGAAAAUUAAAGAGCAAGAGAGAAAGGUGCAGAAAGAUGAAAACGACCUAGCUACGCAUCAGGAAAACAUUUGUACUUCUGUACUUAUUCUACCAUAUCUUAAAUUUGGUUCAAGAGAAGGAGAGGGGUACAUGAUAAGAAUUACAAAACCGCCUCUCCCGCGCCUACAGUCCAGGGCGUCACCAGAUGCAGUGAAAACAACAGACGCAGAAACAACUGAUGGAGGACUCUCAAAUGAUGUAAAAAAAUUAAAAGAACACACAUUACCGAAAGAAGCGAGGGACAGAGAGAAAAAGGUGGAUAUGAAGAAGAGUAUGGUGGAUCACAAUGAUAGGUAUUUAAAAGCAAAGAAAUCACCUAAUUUCCUUAGAAACAAUCUAAGUGCCCUUCGGCGGAAGACUGAAAAGCAAGAGGGAACAGCUCAGGAAGGUCAGCGUGAGCCAGGUGGUGCAAUACUGACUAAGACUUGUACUUGCAGAUCUCGCCUACUUCACUUCAACACAAAUACCAGAGUUGAAGAAAAGAGAAUACCGAUAUUAACAGGAUCCUCUUUUCCCACAGUCGGCUCCCAGGAAUCAUCAGAUUCUGAGGACAUGGAAUGUAUAGAGCCCGUUACCAGCAAUAUUCUAAUCAGUCCACAAAAAGGAAAACAUCGUAUGCCCCAGAACAAGGAAAGGGAUGGAGUAGAAAUAGUAAACCUCAUGUUUCCCAAACAUCAAGAAAAGAAGAUGCAGGAAAGUGAAGAUGAACCAAGGGUGGUUGUGGCCAACUCUUCCUCUCCAUCACCAUCUCUCCCUCACCUGCAGUUGGAUAAAGAAACACAGGCAGGUGAUGAAAUGCUAGGACCUGCAAGGUCUGUUGUGCAGAGAGAAUCAAAUGCCGGGGAAGUAGUACAUACAGAAGCAAUCCGUGGUGAUGUCACGGAAGACAGUCAGAACAAGAAACGACUCAUGCCUCAGGAAGAGGAGCAGGACAGAGAAAAAACAAGAGAUAGGAGAAAUAUGACACACACCACAGAUAUAAGUUUGAAGUCCAGGAAAUCACCUCCUUCACUUAAGCUCCAUAGAACAGAAUUGCAUCUGAACAGGGGAGGGCAAGAACAAAAGAAACAUGAAUGUCCAGGUAAACCACCUGGUACAGUGCUAAGAAAAAUUUAUGUUUCCCAACCUCCAGCUGAACUUACAUUGGAUAAAGGUAUACAAGUAGAUGAAGAAAGGCUUGGAAUUAAAAGACCCUCUCUAAUUCCACAAAUGCUUUCAGCAGUAUCAGAUACAAAGAUGAGAGCAGAUACAGGGGCAAUUUGUGAUAUAAGAGAAAGCAAACAACAUAUCUCACAGAAGGGAAAAAAGCACGAAGUGAAAACAGUAGAUAUGAGGAUCAUGAUGCAUCACAAAGAGGCUAGGAUUUCGUCAAUUUCACAUAUCUUUAACACAAAGGAAUUUGUGUUGAACAUUAAAGAGCUAAAGGAAAACGCAUACAACGGUAAAGAUGAGCUACCUGUGGUUCUGACAAGGACUUUUCUUUCUGUCCCAUCAGCACCUUCCCUUUAUCUAGACUCAGGGAGCAAAGCAGACAAAGAUGUGCCAGGACUUACAGGAUCCUUUCCUCCACAGCAAAAUCUCCAGGAAUCAUCAGAUACCCAGAAAACAGCAAAUACAGAGGUAGUUGCUGGUGAUGGUGAGAUCGUUAAAAAAGCGGGACACUCUGUGCCCCAAGAAGACACAGUACAACAGUGGACCUCAAACUUCAUGAUCAGUGUACGGCGAAGGAAUGAACCUCCACGAGUCAAAUCUGAAGGAGAUCUGAGUCAGUUAGUUUUAAAUUCACAGCAUGAGAACAUUUAUUUAACAGGAUUUGGUACCAUAACUGGAAAGAGGCUGGAGUAUUUCUUUACAGGACAAGAGGUUCAGCCAGAAAAAUACAAAACAGAAACUUUCACUACAUUUCUUUCCUACCCCACCAUGGAGCCCACUAAAAUUGAAAAUCUGAAGAAACAAACUGAAAUAGUGGAUAACUUAAACCAUAAAAUAAGCCCUAAUGUUUUAGUUACACCGCCAAGGAAAAUAACCGAGGAAAUAUAUAUCACAUUUGGUACCCCCGUAAGUGCAAAAGGAUUUUCUGUUGCAGAGCAAGAUGCCCACCAACAAAAAACUUUAUCAAAAGCAUCGCCAGGAUCUGCAGAUUCAUAUAAAUUUGAUAAGCGAGAGAAAGAUGUACAUAAUAAUGAUAAAGUGAGCAAAAUGCUCUCUCCCAAAGUGUUGGCCCCGCAGACAGAGGGAUCACUUGAGAAAAUGAAUAUCGCAGAGUCAGAUACCUCCCCAAUUAUAGAGGAACAAGAGAUUGUUGUGAAAAAGCAAGUGGUGCUACAGUCUGAAAGUGGACAUAAGACCUGGCUGGACUCCAGCUUUUCUCUUAAGUUCCCACUUCAAAACGGAAGGCAGAAGAUGCCACUGGAAACAGAUGUACACAAGCAAAUGGCACUGUACCCCAGAAUACUAAUACUACCAGGAAUACACAUGGAUAUUCCAGUGUUUGAUACCAUAGGAGGGGGAAAAGAACAGGGACUGCCAGUUCCACAACAAGAGGAAUAUAUUCUAGAAUCACUUCAGAAGUCUCUUUCUUCCCACUGGACUUUUCCACUUCAAUCUGGAGAUCUGGAGGGAAAAAAUAAAAUGGACACAAGCGCUACUAUAAGUCUGGAGCAAAAAACAGUAGAAAUGGAAGAAGGGGAGUUAAAAAUAGACACAAACGUGGCUAUCCGUCCGGCAGCAGACAAAACAGAAAUGCACAAACACACCAUGGUCAGUCUGGAGGGGAGCAAGAAAAGGGACACAAGCAGCACCGUAAACCUGAACACUCCAUCUCUAAAGACACAGAUACCUCAAAUUAACACUCAGCCGAUAACUCAUAGAGCAAACAGCUGCCCAAUCAAGCAAAACCAUAAAAAGGAACUAGAAGUCUCUGGUGCAAAACAAAAUAUUCAGCCACAGAAAUUGUUUCAAAAACAUGUUCUAGAUUCAUUUUAUGCCAAUAUUCCUCUUUCUCUCAAAUUUAAAAGCUGGAAAGGCAGGUUGACAGUAGCAGAUUUGAAAAGAGAAUUGAGCCCCAAAGAUUUAACCAUGAAAAUCCCAAAUCAUCCGGUUUCGCAGAUUCUUAACAACACAGGACGUGGCACUCCAAGCAAUAGAAAGAAAUUAGAGUAUGACUUGAAGAAACCAAAGAAAACAGUUUUGCGGAGUGAAGAUGCCUCCGGGAUAUUUGUCAGAAGUCUUUCUAUUUCCACAAUGAGUUCAUCUCAGAUGCAAGAAAUAGUAGACUCUGAGACAAACCGAGGAAGAGAAAAGAUACUCUGUCCUUCUGAAAUCCAGCAGAAAUCACCACACACUCAGAGGAAUAGCUCGAGCACUGUAAAAGAAGGGGACCAGAGUUUUACAGACACAGCUCCACAGGAUUCCCAGCCCUCCGUGGUAGAGGAGCAACAAAUGCAAACACUCCCCAGUGCCAAUUCAGAAGCAAACCUUGGCAGUGAAACAAAGGAAAAAAAUGUAAUUCCACAAACCAAAGAAGAAAGGGUUGUUCCAGGGCACGACAGCUCAGGGAUCAUAAAAGAACCUGACUUGCGUAUGACUGAAGAAGAAGAAAAGGCACCAAAACCCAUUCUGACACCUACAGAGGGUCCACUCAUGUCUGACGAGCCAGAGGACAAUUGUAUCUCACCCCCUCAACAGGGGGAUCAGAGCGAACCCAUCCAGGCUACAACCGCACAAAACGUCCAGCAACAAAAAACUUUUCCAGGAACUGGGCCUAUACCACCCCAAGUUAAAAGUAAUGAAAUAAAAGUAGUGGCAGAUAGUACAAGUGCAGAAAGUUUACUUCCUCUUUUUGAAGCAAUUAAAAGUAUCUUUGAAUCCCAGAUAAAAAAUAUGAUCUAUGACAACAUUUGUGAGAAUAUACUGGAAAAACUAAAAGCCCCAAAACCUGAUGAUUGGAAGUUACCACCGUGUGCAGGGAGCCCAGAUACAACAUGCACAGUACCUCCCAAAGUGCAGCCAAAACCCAUUUUAGAACGUUUUACUCCCAAAGAAAACAAUAAGCUCACUAAUCAUUUCGAGUCAAAAGCAUUUGAAAUAAAACUGAAUCUGAUACCAGAGAUGGCAAAACAAUCCUUCCAAAAGCUCAACUUUUAUCUAAAACAGUCUUUUUCAGAAGAUAACAGUUGGAGGCUAUAUCCGAGACAUAAAAAAAUGUGCUUUUUGUCUCUAGAAGGGACUGAUACUGUAGAACUUCACUUAAAACAGAAAUGCGCUAAGGGUUCACCGCCUGUCAGCUGUACGAAGACAUUGAUUGUCAGUGUUUCAAGUGACAGUGAAGAGAUCAUUACAAAGUUAAGGAGUAUUAGUAAGCUAGGAAGUGGAGUGUCUUCAGUGACUCCAGCUAAGCAGAUGCCAUUGCCUCAUAUUCUUCAAAACUACUCAGUAGAAGAAAAAGACAAACUGCUCAUACACUUUUCUAUGAAAACAUUGGAGAUUCAAAUGAAAGCCUUUCCCAGAAUUGUAAGAGAAUCCUAUGCAAUGGCCAGUCCUCAGAAUAUAAGGAAGCCUUUAUCUAAAUGUAUUCAUUCUGGUUUCAAAGUACCAAAACGAAAAAAUAGAAUUUUGUUACGUUUUGAGGAAAAAUCUCUUCAUCAAAUAGAUCUUGAUUUACAAUACAAAUACCUUCAUUUUCUCCUGGGGCUUCCAGUCGGAAGUGUAUUCCCUAAACCAACUGCACUUCCCAAACAUAUUCUUAAGUUAAACACAGUUGCAAUAUGUGAAAAUAUAGAUAACAGGGGAGAAAGUGGUGGUGGUUUUUGCAUUGACACGGAACUGUUAGAACAGCACAUCUCUUUCAAAAAUCAAAGUCCUCAUGAAAACUCAUCAUUGAGAAAAUUCCUGGAGCCAACCCUUGUGUGUGCUUCUGACCCCAAUCAACAAGGCCCAGUGCAGAAAGAUACUACAGCUCUUUCAGAGUUAAAAUCUCACAUGACUCUGGAAAAAGAUAAACAAUGUCAUGUAUGGUUUCAAGAAACAGAUAUGUGCAAAUCAUUUGAUUCAAAGACUCAGGAAAGCACUCCCAGUUUAGUUGAUUCCCAUUCAACUCAGAUUUCUGAAGAUUUUACCGAGAGUCAGACAAAUAUUGAGAGUUCAGCCAACUUGGAGGAAUGCUCAGCUCUUGAAGCACAUGAGAGUGAAGAAUGUAUGUUUUUGGAAUUCAACCCUUAUUUAAGUCAGGAAUCACAAAACAUUCUAUUUGAAUUACAGAAAGGCAUUCCUUUGGAAAAUCUCUACAAGAUGAAAAAAAGCAAAAUGAAUUUGAAACCAUUGUACAGGGAAGAUUCAGGUUCCCAACAUAUUAGAGGCUGUAGAAAACAUUCCUCAAUUGUCACACCUUCCUAUGAAUCCCACAAAAGCAGGAAAUAUAGGUCAUCCUCUAAAAUGCCAUCUCCUGACUUGUUGCGCCACGGUUCAUUAAAUGCUGUGGAAGUUCUGUCUAGAUCAUCUUCCAUUCCAUUCAGUGAAGAGAAGUCUUCGUGGACUGCAAGGUGCAGAACCAACCAUUCUUUAGCUCCCUUAACAGAAUCAAACAUCAAAUUACAUCUUGCAAAAGGCCAAGGCAAACCUCACAGGCAUCUGGAAAGCAACGAAGGAAAGAAGGCCAAAUCUGAUUUAUUUAGAAAGAACAACAUUCAUUGGGACUGUGAUUACAGUUAUACAUGGACUAAAGAGAAAUGCACAAGAAAGAAGAAAGUCCAUAAUUGUGAGUCAGAAAGAUCAAAUUACUUCGCAAGCAAACCUAAGUUACCAUCAAAGCUUCAUCAAGAGGAUAUCAACUUUCAUUCUGAAAGAAAACAAAACCAGCCAUUUUUUUAUGCCUGUAUACCAGCAGAUUCACUGGAAAUUAUGCCCCAAACCAUUCGCUGGACUGUUCCCCCAAGAACUUUAAGGAAGACAAACUGCAGAGUUCCUCUGGUGGCAAAGAUUUCAAGUUCUUUCAAUAUAUGGACUUCAUCCAAAAAGUUUUUGGAGUCCCUCUUGGAGUCCUUCAGUCCAGUUCAUCCAAAUUGAUACUAGCAUACCUAGAUUCCUCUGAAGUGGAAAGCUGAUUGCUGUUGUGUUAUUCUAUGAAAAAUAAAAUCAGAUAAAGUCAAAUGGUUUCCUCAUGAACUGUUUUCUGAACUGAUAUAUUUUAUUUCUGCAGUAGAUUUGCACAAUUGUUCUGGGAGGAUAGGUUGGAAGAGCAGAUGACUUUGGGCUUGAUCCCACCAUGCAGUGGGAUCUCCUUUUAGUUUAAGCGGCCUCCUCAUAAUCCCACAGUAGAGGAGCAGAGACAUGGAAGCCUUCUUUCCAUCCUACACAAUGACUCAGGGUGAGUCUGAAGAAAUGGAGCCUAUCAAUGAGAUUGGGAGAGAAUGACCAGAAAGUUGGGAGGGCAUAGAAACUAAAGGGAGAGAGUUUUAAACAACAGUGAGAGUUCAACAAUGUCAGAGGUCACAAAAUACAGGUGUAAGUACUGGUUUUGAGAAACCAUAUUCCUGUGAUGAUUUUGUCCUCCUUCUGGACCUCAGCAGCAGCUCGUUGGCCUGCACCUGAUCACCGUCUGCCAUUGCAGGGUCACCUAGUCAUUUCGGGACCUCGCUCCAGAGUAUCUGCCACCUUGCAGGAACAUGCUCUGGGAGGGGCAAAAAGUCAUCCUCCAGCACUACCAGGGGGAGGGAGACGGCCUCCCAGUGUACCUGCACGACCUGCCUGCCUACAGCCACCUGCCCAUGCACUUUCCUGCCCUGGGCUUCAGGGCCCCUGGCUCAGGGAUGCAGCAGGCUCACCUGCUGGUGCAAAUGACUGAGAACUCCACCCUUGCCCUUGGGGCUGAUGACCCCUGCUCAGGCUCUUGCAGGAGGUCCAGGAAACUGGAGUCGACCCAGGGGCCUG